AUGCUCGAAACUGGAGGGUUUCUGCUUCUCAAGUGUAGGUACAGUGAACGUAGCAUACCGAAUUUUGGGCAAGGCGAAGUCAACAACGUCCUGAUAUGUUUCUUAAACUGGACGUCAGGUGAGCUUGACUCUAAGCAUAAUCCCGCAAUCCCAGAUGAUGAGUUCCGACACCCCUCGAGCAGCUCGCUGCAUCGUCCUGGCACUGUGCGAACACCGCUGUGUAGGAUUGUACAUACAUAGCGUGGCACUCCAUCGAGAACGUCGACCAGAGACUGCGAUGAUACAAAACAUGCACCACCGCGCAUAG